AUGGAAAAAUUUCUUUUUUAUCUGUUUUUCAUUGGCAUAGCAGUGAGAGCUCAGAUCUGUCCAAAGCGUUGUGUCUGUCAGAUUUUGUCUCCUAAUCUCGCAACCCUUUGUGCCAAGAAAGGGCUUUUAUUUGUUCCACCAAACAUCGACAGAAGAACUGUGGAGCUGCGGUUGGCAGACAAUUUUGUUACAAAUAUUAAAAGGAAAGAUUUUGCCAAUAUGACCAGCUUGGUGGACCUGACUCUAUCCAGGAAUACAAUAAGUUUUAUCACACCUCAUGCUUUUGCUGACUUGCGAAAUUUGAGGGCAUUGCAUUUGAAUAGCAACAGAUUGACUAAAAUUACAAACGAUAUGUUCAGUGGGCUUUCCAAUCUCCAUCAUUUGAUACUGAACAACAAUCAGCUGACUUUAAUCUCUUCUACAGCAUUUGAUGAUGUCUUUGCCCUUGAGGAGCUGGACCUGUCCUACAAUAAUUUAGAAACGAUUCCUUGGGAUGCAGUUGAAAAGAUGGUUAGCUUGCACACCCUUAGUUUGGAUCAUAAUAUGAUUGAUAAUAUUCCCAAAGGGACUUUCUCCCACUUGCACAAGAUGACUCGGCUUGAUGUAACAUCAAAUAAAUUGCAGAAGCUACCACCUGAUCCUCUCUUUCAGCGAGCUCAGGUACUAGCAACCUCAGGAAUAAUCAGCCCAUCAACUUUUGCAUUAAGUUUCGGUGGAAACCCUUUGCACUGCAAUUGUGAAUUGUUGUGGUUGAGACGUCUGUCCAGAGAAGAUGACCUAGAGACUUGUGCUUCUCCAGCACUCUUAACUGGCCGCUAUUUUUGGUCAAUUCCUGAGGAAGAGUUUUUAUGUGAACCUCCUCUCAUUACUCGUCAUACGCAUGAGAUGAGAGUGCUGGAAGGUCAAAGGGCAACCCUGAGGUGCAAAGCCAGGGGCGACCCUGAACCUGCAAUUCACUGGAUUUCUCCUGAAGGGAAGCUUAUUUCAAAUGCAACAAGAUCUCUGGUGUAUGAUAAUGGAACACUUGAUAUUCUCAUCACGACUGUGAAGGAUACAGGUGCUUUUACCUGCAUUGCUUCCAAUCCUGCUGGGGAAGCAACACAAACAGUGGAUCUUCAUAUAAUUAAGCUCCCUCACUUACUCAACAGUACAAACCAUAUCCACGAGCCUGAUCCUGGUUCUUCAGAUAUCUCAACUUCUACGAAGUCAGGUUCUAAUGCAAGCAGUAGUAAUGGUGAUCCUAAAAUGAGUCAAGAUAAAAUUGUAGUAGCAGAAGCGACAUCAUCCACAGCACUACUUAAGUUUAAUUUUCAAAGAAAUAUUCCUGGAAUACGUAUGUUCCAAAUCCAGUAUAAUGGUACUUAUGAUGACACCCUUGUUUACAGAAUGAUACCUCCCACGAGCAAAACUUUUCUUGUCAAUAACCUGGCUGCUGGAACUAUGUAUGACCUGUGUGUCUUGGCAAUAUAUGAUGAUGGCAUCACUUCGCUCACUGCCACGAGAGUCGUGGGUUGCAUCCAGUUUACUACGGAACAAGAUUAUGUGCGAUGCCACUUCAUGCAGUCCCAGUUUUUGGGAGGCACCAUGAUUAUUAUUAUUGGUGGAAUAAUUGUAGCAUCUGUGCUGGUUUUCAUCAUCAUCCUAAUGAUCCGGUAUAAGGUUUGCAACAAUAACGGGCAACACAAGGUCACCAAGGUCAGCAAUGUCUACUCUCAAACUAAUGGGGCUCAAAUCCAAGGCUGUAGUGUAACGCUGCCCCAGUCCAUGUCCAAACAAGCUGUGGGACAUGAAGAGAAUGCCCAGUGUUGUAAAGUUGCCAAUGACAAUGUGAUACAAUCUUCGGAAACUUGUUCAAGUCAGGACUCCUCUACCACUACCUCUGCUUUGCCUCCUACCUGGACUUCAAGCACUUCUGUGUCCCAGAAGCAGAAAAGAAAGACUGGCACAAAGCCAAGUACCGAACCACAGAAUGAAGCCGUCACAAAUGUUGAGUCCCAAAACACUAACAGGAACAACUCAACUGCAUUGCAGUUAGCUAGUCGACCUCCUGAUUCUGUCACAGAGGGGCCCACAUCUAAAAGAGCACAUUCAAAGCCAAAUGCUUUGCUGACUAAUGUUGACCAGAUUGUCCAGGAAACACAGAGGCUGGAGUUAAUCUGAAGAGCACUACUUCUUUCUCUCCUGAAAAAAGUUGCCACUGAUAUUUUUACUGGAUAAAAUUUAAACAUGUUUCAAUUCACAAAGGCCAAUUGUUGAACUGGUGUCCUAGAAGAAAUUGUUCACAGGAGCCGAAGCAGAAGUCUCUGAUGCUGGUGGAACUGGCUCUAUCAGACCAUGGUUCAUCCUCUUUUAAAGCCAAAUUUUUUUUUCUUCUGGCCUACAAGUACUUUCUUUUUUUUAAAGAAGGAAAGAGAAAAGCCUACACUGGCAUCGAGUUCUGUAUCAAUCCAUGUUACAUUGCCAUCCAUGAUUUAAGACUGUAGAAUC